AGAUAGAGAUGGAGGGAGAGAAGGAGAGGCAGAGGGAGCAGGGGGAGGAGAAGGAGAGCAAUGAGGCAGAGGACGAGACGAGGAGCGAUGAGGAUGCUGACAAUGAGGAAGAGGAGGAUGAAGAUUCUGAAGGUGCAGCGCUGGUCUGGCAGGAAGGCUACGGCGAGGAUAAUCUCGGCCUUCCCAUCAUGCACUGGGAGGCGCUGAGCUUGCGCAUCGCUGAGCUGGAGAAACAGGAAGAGGAAAAGAAGGAGAAGAGAGCAAAGAGUGGAGCUUCUCUGGAGCGAGGCAGAGCUCCAGUGAGCUGGAUGGAUGAGAGAGGGAGGAGAGCAGAGAGCUGGGAUGAUGGAGAUGAUGCCUGCAACAGCCAUGUGCUGGCACUUACCUCCCGACUGCAGACACAGAUGAAUCUUCAGCUCUGCUUCAUCAACAACAGUGAAAGUGAGGAAGAGGAGGAGAAGGAGGGAGACAUCAGCAAGAAGGAAAGCAACAACACACGGAGAGGAACUGUUCAGGUUCAUAAGAAUCCUCAGCCUCCUGCCAAGCCAGAGAAGCCAAAAUCCAGAGGCUUCAGGAACACUCUGAGAAACCUGCGAGACAGGCUGAGAACUGACCAUAAACCACUGGCUCCAGCUCGCUCUGCUCCUGCAGUCCAGAGGAAACAUUUGGAGCACAGUGAUUUACAAAGCUUCAGUAUCAAGGAGCUAAAUGCUCUUUGUAUCUCCCUCAGCCAAACCAUACAAGACCUAAGCUCAGAGUUGGUGGGCCGCCUCCAGGUCCGAGACCAGCUGAGGACAGAGCAGGACGCCAUGCUGCUGGAGGUCCAGGAUCUGACAUCACUGUGA